GUGUCGUGCCGUGUCGCGGCGUGUCGCGGUGUCCGGCGGCGCGGGGCGCUCGGCCCGGUCCGGUCCGGGUUUUGCCGGCAGCCGCGGGCAGCGGCGGCAGCGCCGUGCAGCGCGGAGCGGGGGCUGCGCACUCCCAGAGCGAGCGGCGAUGUGGAGAGCCGCAUGGUGUGUCCCAGAGCCGCAGAGCAUGUCUGUGCACUGAGAGCACCCUGAGUCCUCCGCAGCCGGCGCGGGAGGAGACGCCCCGUUGAUGCGCGGCCCCGUCUGAGCGUCCCCGGUGGCUGGCGCUACCAGAAGGGCUUUGGGGGUCUUUCACUUUGGCAUUGGGGUGGGUUUUGGGGAUUUGGGGAUUUGUUUUUUUUUUUUUGUUUUUCGAUUUUUUUUUUUUUUUUUUUUAAUUUUGGGGCUGGUUUGGUUGUUGUGCUCCGGGCACCAUGUCAAAUUCGGGCUCCCAUCAAGACACUGGGAACAAGCCAGAGACGGAAAAAAACAACCAAGAUGACUCUCAACCCCCUGUCAACUCCGAGAGGAGGAACAAAAGUGGAAUAAUAAGUGAACCUUUGAACAAAAGUCUUAAGAAGUCCCGUCCACUCUCCCACUAUUCCACCUUUGGUAGCAGCAGCUCGGUAAGCGAACAUUCAGAGAAAGGCAACCCCUUAGCUAAUGGCAACGAUGCGAUUGUGGAUAAAAGUCAUUCUACCUCAAAGCACAAAAACAUCUCUAGUAUGCUGAGCAAAUUAGACCGGAUGUCGGAGCUCUCCUCAGAAGGACAGACCGCCCUCCAACAGUUUGCUCAGUCGACAGAAAUGCUCAAAAGAGUGGUACAGGAGCAUCUUCCUCUAACAAGCGAGCACGGGACUGGUAUCUCUGACAUGGAGGCAGUCUCAGCUGCAGAGACAAUGAACGGCCCCUCUGAUUUUCCUUACCUGGGGGCUUUUCCCAUCAACCCAGGCCUUUUCAUUAUGACCCCUGCCGGCGUGUUUCUGGCAGAGAGCGCGCUCCAUAUGGCUGGCUUGGCAGAGUAUCCCAUGCAGAAUGAGUUGGCAUCUGCCAUCAAUUCGGGGAAAAAGAAACGGAAAAGAUGCGGCAUGUGCCCGCCCUGCCGAAGACGGAUAAACUGCGAGCAGUGCAGCAGUUGUAGGAAUCGCAAAACUGGCCACCAGAUUUGCAAAUUCCGAAAAUGUGAAGAACUCAAAAAGAAGCCUUCUGCAGCACUGGAGAAGGUGAUGCUUCCUACAGGAGCCGCGUUCAGAUGGUUCCAGUAGGAACGGGAAUCCCAAAGCUCUGUCAUCCAAGUGCAAUGUCACUGCUUGCUUGUGUUGUCUCAGGCAAGGGAUUUUUGGCUGAAAUGAAUGGAUGCACCUGUGUCUCUUUAGAACCAAAAAUAUUUUCUCGCAAAUCUCAUUCCUGUUUUUAUAAUUUUUUUCUUUUUUUUUUCUUUUUUUUUUUUUUUGCGUUUGUUUUAACAUCUUCGAGUCCUAGUCAGACAUUUAACUGCUUUUGAAAUAAAAAAACAAAAAAAAAAAUUAUUAAAAGAAAAAAACAAUGGAUCUGUAAAGUACCAAGACUUAAUAGACAGAGUAUGGACAAUCAGUUUCUUUCUGUGUUUUGGUGUUGAUGUUGUUUAUGUGUGAAAGAUGCAGUACUUGUGUAGGGAAUGUAAAUUUACAGUAACCUUUUAAAAUCUAGUUACUAAUAAGCACUACUGUAAUUUAGCACAGUUGUUUAAUUGCACCCUCAUUUAUACUUUUUAUUUGAUUCUUUCCCAUCAUACAAUAGAGUGGAUAGUUUCUAGAAUGCCUCAACUUCAUGUUUAUAAAUGAGAAUAUGUUUAAAGCGAUGUAGUAUCCCUUCUCCUCGCCAUUCACCUCUGGAAGUUUAACCCACAAGAGGGUUGGUAUAAAAGGUGGAAGAAAACAAUUGCUACGCAACAGGCAGAAUUCAAAAAAAAGGAAAAAAAAAGAGUAAAAAAAAGGCAAAAAAAAAAGAAAGUCGUCGUUAGUUUAUUAAUAUAGAACAAGAAAUGCUGCGUACAGAAAAUCCUCCUAAUUGCAACGGUUUACUCCUAGAAGUAAUUUUUGUAAACUUACAGAAGUUAAAAUCAAAAUAAAACAAAUAUUGCAGGACCUGUGCUGAAGCAGUUACGCAAAGUGAUAUUUCUCUUCUGUUCACCCCCGGUCUCUCCAGCUCUCUCUCCAUCAUUAAAUUGAAAUGCUGUUUGUAAUGUUUUAGCGAUCCAGGCUGUUUUUGUGAAUAAAAUGAAUGCAUGUUUUGUGUCAUGA